AUGCCUGCCCAAAAGAACCGACCAAACAAGAGCUUGGCCCAAGGGCGCCCUCCAGGUGUUCAGAAGCCGAAAUCGAUAUCUCGGAAAAAUACCAAAGCACUCAUCAACUCACUCCAUCUGCUGGAGAAGAAGAAGGCACAGGCCAAGGCCAAAGGCGACAAAGCUGCCGAGGCUGCCGCAGAUGGUGAGAUCGCCGCAUUGGGCGGCAUCGAAAAGUACCAGCAGGCGAGUCUUCAGGGUCAACGCAACGAUCGUGGGGGUGACAGCUCACGGGUCCUGAUGGAAUGGCUGAAGCCAAUCCUCUCUACUUCGGGUCUUCCGGCCGCGGGGUCAUUACGAAUGCUCGAGGUUGGUGCCCUCAGUACUACGAACAUAUGCUCACAGAGCGGCUUCUUCGACAUGGAAAGGAUCGACUUGAACAGCCAAAGCCAAGGCAUACUGCAGCAAGACUUCAUGCAGAGGCAACUGCCAACGAAUGACGCGGAACGAUUCGACAUCAUCAGCUUGUCACUGGUACUGAACUUUGUCCCCGACGCGCAAGUACGAGGCAAUAUGCUUCUGAGGACCCUGGAAUUCUUGAAAGAGCCAGUGAAGGAUUCGGCGACAGCACUGCGGGACUUCUUCCCAAGUCUAUUCUUCGUUUUACCUAAACCUUGUGUCUCCAACUCGAGGUACAUGACUGAGGAGCAUUUGGAGUCUAUCAUGAAUUCCUUGGGAUACACAAAAGCUCAAAGCAAGAUGACACAACGAGUGGUAUACUACCUCUGGACCAAGUCUCGCCCAUUGACACAGACUACCUUCAAGAAGGCAGAGCUUCUCGCCGGACCCUCACGCAAUAACUUCUCAAUCGUACUCCGUGGUCCGUCUGAUGAAGGACAUACGGAUACAUGA